AUGAGGCAGGCCGAAGUCCCACAUCCGCGCGCCUUUGUCGGCGCGCGCUCGUCUCCAAGUUCCGUCGGACUCGUGGCCCGCAAUAGGAGUUUGAUCAUCAUUGAGGAGCGGACUCACCGUGUGGAUGAAUGUGACCUCUGGGCGCCCCUCAAGGCGGUGCAGCAAUCCAGCAGGGCUCUUUCUGUAGACCAUCCGUCAUCAAACUUAAUCCGCUCCCGCGAGUCCAAUGGAUCAGAUGACUACGCGAUACAACCCCAGAGCCGCACAUUACUCCACGCGCACAACACCAUCCGCUACCCGGAUCCGGCGUCUACCAUCUCAAUGUGA